AUGGGCGCCGGCUUCAAAACCGAAGUGGAAGAUGUGGCAGGAACUGCAGUGGAAGCUGUGGAUGAUGGUGGAGGCAUGGCUGCAGCACUGGAGGAAGGCUCGGCUGACGUGGAUGGAACAUCAUAUGUCUCAACAACUACCAUGACAAAGGAUUGCUACCCUUUUGCCUCGAAGCUCAGUGUGCUCCGAUGGAUAGGAACCCCAGUGGCGACCCAUGGUGGUGGUGGUCUUGGUGCUGUUAGAAUCUUCACUAACCAAGGACGGAUUGCAUCUCCCAAGCACACUUUUCCAUGUAUUCUUUCGGCUCGACACCAUCAAAGCCCAAAGGCUGAGUUGCCCUCUGAUACGUCCCUAGACAGCGCAUAUGAGCUCGUCUCGAAGAGGUCUGCACCUCUUUCUCUCACAAGUGUUGUCUUUUUUCCGAUUUCCUUUUGUUGGGAAAGAGUGAGAGUUGAUUUUGAAGCAUCACUGAUCUUUGAUUUGCUAACCUUACUUCCAUCAGGUGUUGGAGCAACCAUAGGUGCUGGAGUCUAUAUUCUUGUUGGAACAGUUGCCAGAGAGCACACUGGACCUUCUCUCACCAUUUCCUUCUUUAUUGGUGGAAUAGCGGCUGCUCUCUCUGCAUUUUGUUAUGCGGAGCUUGCUUGUCGUUGUCCAUCUGCUGGAAGUGCAUAUCAUUACUCAUAUGUCUGCAUUGGAGAAGGGGUUGCAUGGCUGAUUGGUUGGGCUUUGAUACUCGAAUACACUCUUGGUGGCGCAGCUGUUGCUCGUGGCAUAGCGCCCAAUCUGGCUUCACUCUUUGGUGGUAUGGAUAAACUGCCGUCAAUUUUGGCUCGUCAAACCAUUUUUGGAAUUGUAGUAGAUCCUGGUGCUGCAAUCUUAGUUUUCAUUAUCACUGCCCUACUGUGCACUGGGAUCAAGGAGAGUUCCCUUGCGCAAGCUAUAAUUACAACCAUCAAUAUUAGUGCUUUAGUGUUCAUUGUCUUAGCUGGUGCAUACCUGGGAUGUAAGACUGGCUGGCCAGGCUAUGAAGUUUCUAGCGGGUAUUUUGCUUUUGGAGCAAAUGGGUUGUUGGCUGGCUCGGCGACAGUCUUCUUUUCAUACAUUGGUUUUGAUAUAGUUGCUAGCACAGCUGAGGAGGUAAAGAACCCUCAACAUGACAUGCCUCUUGGUAUAGGGAUUGCGCUAUCCAUAUGUGGCAUAUUGUAUAUGCUGGUUUCAGCUGUUAUUGUUGGGUUAGUUCCAUACUACGCACUGGACCCCGAUACACCAAUUUCGUCUGCUUUUGCAGGCUAUGGCAUGGAAUGGGCUGUUUACAUUAUAACGAUUGGAACGGUGAAUGCUCUUUGUGCAAGCCUUAUUGGUUCAAUUAUUCCACAGCCUCGAAUACUGAUGGCGAUGGCUAGGGAUGGAUUACUGCCUUCCUUUUUUUCAGACAUUAGUAAGCACACUCAAGUUCCUGUCAAGGGAACCAUAGCAACUGGUAUCUUUAUUGCAAUCCUUGCCUUUUUUAUGGAUGUCUCUCAACUGGCGGGAAUGGUUAGUGUUGGCACAUUGCUCUCAUUCACCAUAGUUGCUCUUUCAAUCUUGAUACUUAGAUAUGUUCCACCAGAUGAACUGCCUUUCCUGCCAUCUGACCAGCAAUCAAAUGUUAAUGGUCAACAUCUAGAUGCUCAUGGAGCAGAUUUGGUUGAAAGGCCUCUUCUUGAGCAAAAUAUAGCUCAAGAUAAACUCAGGAGAAGGAAAAUCGCUGCUUGGAGUAUUACCAUGGUAUGUUUUGGAAUUCUUGUAGUGGUAGCUGCUGUUUCAACUAAAAGUCUAUCCAGCAUUCUGCGCCUUAUAUUGAGUGGAGUUGGUGGUAUGCUUGUAAUUUACUUUUUGGCUGUGCUAAGCUCUGUCGAUCAAGCUGACACAAACGAGGGUUUCACGAAAUCAGGAGGUUUCAUAUGCCCGUUUGUGCCUUUCCUACCAGUAGCCAGUGCUCUUAUAAAUACAUACUUGCUAGUUAAUAUCGGAGCUGAAACGUGGGUACGCGUUUUAAUAUGGCUGGCUGUGGGAGUUAUAAUAUACAUAUUUUAUGGCCGAACACACAGCUUACUGUUAGAUGAUGCUCGAAGGCCUAUUAAAUGUACUGAUGACGGCCAUCCAGGUUCAACAUUAUCUUAGGUUAAUCUCACGUAUGAAGUCUGUACAGUAAACUGAAAGAGCUAAUCAGAUACAAGGCAUAAACCUCGAACACAAAAGAGGAACAUGUAUUGGUGAACUAUCAAUAGAAGAUGGAACAAUUGCAGAAGACAGGAUGCUGAUAGCUAUAUAAUGUGAUGUUUUAUUCAUGCAAAUUACCUCUAGUUAACUGAGGCUUCUUAACAGGACUCGCAGAGGAUAAAAAAAUUGGGGUGAAGUGUACAGACAGCCAAUUUCGGGGUCCCUAUUUAAAUCAUGGCUUAAGUUCAUAAAUUUUAGUAAGUCUAGCCCCUUCAGAAAUAAUUUUAGACAUACACGAUUGAAGUUGCAAAGAUCCGCGAAGUUACAAAUUUUGUUUGAAGCUGGGAGUUAAUAUACAUGAUUUUAUUUCAAGCA